CAUAGUUUAUUGUUUUGUGAGUGAAAAACAGUGGAAAUGGCGGAGUUGGAAGAAAGCAGCAGUAAGAGAGGAGGAAGAUGGUGUCUGAAGGGAAUGACGGCUCUGGUCAGUGGUGGCACUCGUGGGAUCGGGCACGCCAUUGUGAGUGACUUGGCCGCGUUUGGCGCCGCUGUGCACACUUGUUCCAGGACCCAAACAGAGCUCAACAAGUGCUUAGAAGAAUGGCAGAGUGAAGGCUUUCAGGUUACUGGAUCGGUGUGUGACGUGUCCUCGCCACACGACAGAGAGAAGCUUCUUCAGAAAGUUGCAUCCAUCUUCAAUGGAAAGCUUAACAUCUAUGUAAACAACGUUGGAACAAACUUCAGAAAACCAACGAUUGAGUACAGUGCUGAAGAAUAUUCAGAGCUGAUGACAGUUAAUUUAGACUCCUCAUUUAAUCUGUGUCAACUUGCGUACCCUCUUCUCAAAGCAUCUGGAAAGGGAUGCAUUGUGUUCCUUUCUUCUGUUGCUGGUGUCACCAGCAUGGGUACUGGAUCUGUUUAUGCAGCAAGCAAAGCCGCAAUUAAUCAGCUUACAAAAAAUUUGGCUUUUGAAUGGGCAAAAGACAACAUAAGAAGCAACUGUGUUGUACCAUGGACCACCAGAACCCCACUUGUCCAACAUCUGCUCCAAAAUCAAGCUUUUGUGGAUGAUGUGAUGUCACGUACCCCUCUUAAGCGCAUCGCAGAACCGGAAGAAGUGUCAUCUUUGGUGACUUUCCUCUGCUUGCCUGCUGCAUCGUAUAUCACUGGACAAGUUAUUUGUGUUGAUGGAGGAGUCACUGUUAAUGGAUUUCAACCCAGCAUUAGAAUUACUUGAACUUCUUUCACUUCUUUCUGUCAAACAAAUCAUUCUCAUUUGCUUCUCUUUUUUUAGUUUGCCCUUAGCCAGUAAAAUGAAAAUUUUACUUCAAAAA